GCAACAUGGAAGCAGGGCAGCGGACCACAGGGCCGUGAGAGUGGCACAGGCCCCUGAGGAAUGGCCAGGCUGCCAUUGAAGUUUUCACUAUGUCUGAUGGAGAUUAUGAUUACCUCAUCAAAUUUUUAGCCCUGGGCGACUCUGGCGUAGGGAAGACCAGUUUCCUUUACCAGUACACAGAUGGCAAAUUCAAUUCCAAAUUCAUCACGACUGUUGGCAUCGACUUCCGAGAAAAGAGGGUGGUGUACCGAUCGAAUGGGCCAGAUGGCGUUAGUGGUCGAGGACAGAGAAUACACCUGCAGCUGUGGGACACCGCAGGGCAAGAAAGGUUUCGAAGUUUGACAACCGCUUUCUUCAGGGAUGCCAUGGGAUUCCUCCUCCUCUUCGAUCUGACUAGCGAACAAAGCUUCAUCAAUGUCCGUAACUGGAUGAGCCAGUUGCAAACCCACGCCUAUUGUGAAAACCCCGAUGUGGUCCUGUGUGGAAACAAAAACGACUUGGAAGAGCAGCGGAUGGUGAAAGAAGAGGAUGCAAAGGAACUUGCAGAAAAGCAUGGGAUCCCGUAUUUUGAAACAAGUGCCGCCAACGGAACCAACGUCAGCAAGGCCAUCGAGACGCUGCUGGACCUCAUCAUGAAGCGCAUGGAACGGUGUGUGGACAAGUCCUGGAUCCCUGAAGGGGUAGUGCAGCCCAAUGGGCACAACUCCACUGAGCAGCUCAGUGAACAGAAAGGAAAAAGCAAGUGCAGUUGUUGAGGACACAAACUCGAUUGCAGCGUUUAAAUUAAGUGAUGAUGAUACCAUGGCUAAUUUGAUUCAUAUAUGGACCGCUCCUGCCUUCUAUAUACGUAGCAAUAGAUAUGUGAUGAUAAAAGCUCUGUUAAGCCUCGGAGUUUACCUUCAAAUGACAUAGGCUGGUGCUUUGCAGCCAUUUCCCUUUCUUAGUAGUUAUCCGGAAAUGCAUUUGGACAGGUUUGCAGUAUUACUGGUCUGUUUGGGUUUCCAGGAUAUGAGUUUGCUGCCCAACACAGCACACUUUUCUCCAAGGGCCCAAAUUCUCUCACUAAAGCAACGAAAACUAUAACCAGUAGAUGGGGAAGGAGCAGAAUGCAGGUAACUUAUCUUUGAUGUUAGCAAUGCCCUGACCGUAAGCAACAAGUAAUAAAAAUUAGAUCUGUUUAUAAAAACACCAAGCUGGCCUUAGUAACAGCACCAACAUCUGCCUUUCAGAGUUAAGAACUAAUUUUGCUUGAACACUGAUGUGCUAACCUGCCUAAAUAGAUGGAAUAAGAAAGAAUGCAGAUAUAUGAAGACUGAAGUGUCACAUGUAAACUUUCUUAUGUUUUGACAGGAAUAAUGGUUUCCCCUAAUUUUCCUUGUCCCAAAAAUCGACUUCACAAUUGGACCGACAAUGUCAUUACUGUUUUCGUGAGGUCUGUCGUGGCUCAUUAAUACCUCCUGGCUUAUGUACCUGCUUUUUGUGUUGUGUUUGUUCUGAUAGAAUCCAGCAUCAUUUGCUGCAAUCAUGCAGAUUGUUUGCCUUCGCUUAUGUGUAAUCAAAGGGUCUAGAUCAUUUAUUUAUUCUCAGCUAUAAUAACGGGCAGAAUCAGUGUUUUAAAUUGGACGUACAACCUACUAGGCACAGCUUUCAUGUAAGUUUGAAAUGAAAGAGAGCAAUACCAAAGUUCUUCUUGCGCAGUCCCGUGCAUUUCAAUGGCACAUGUGCAAAGGGAGUGGAGGAGUUAACUGUCUAUUUCCACAUAUCCACACACCCACGAUGUGCCUACCGAGCGAUCUUUCUGAGCAGCUAGAGUUUUAUGCACUCGAAACAUCUUGCCCAAAAGUCUUAACGUGCCAGGCUUUUUGUGAUGGCCAGACACCAACACAGGCCACUGGGCUAGAAGCUGCACCUUGAGCCCCCAGGGUCCUGAGUCCCAUGCAUGCAAGCAAAUACUCCUUCAUGCAUCAGUCCCACCAACACAAUUGCCAAGUUUUUGCAUUUUAGCCCACCUGUGCGUAGAAAGUGACUUGCUGUUUGGCAAACCUCACUCAGGAACGGACAAUCUGAUGCAAUAACAAAACCAGAAGCCCUCCAGUGUGAUGUGGUGCGUUUUGCUGGGCUAUGGCCAAUACGUUUACAAAGCUUCCGAAAACGGUUGUUGUCGUCUCACAAUGAGCUGCGUGUUGUUUAGCAGCAUACCACCACCAAAUACAAUUUUAAUUAUGCAAAUAAGAACAUGUAAUGAAGGGUUGCUGUUAGGUCUCUUAGAACUUUGCCAUGUUGCUUUAACAAGCAGUGCACACACUGAUCGAUCCGGUAUAGCCAGGUGUGUGUGCAAAUAUUGGCUCAAAUGUUCGAAAAUGCCAGUGAGGAAUGGACUGUAGGCUUCUUAGGACUCACGCGUGCCUUUGGAAGUAGCCAGGAUGAAGCAAAGGAAUCAGCAUAGAAAACCUGACAAAGUCGUUCUUCAAACGAGGACAAACUAUAACUUCACUUCUUGGCAGAAGGUCCUGGAACUCUGCUACCUGUUUGUUUCAUCGUGGCCAAUCUAGGCUAAAAUCCAAACCAGCCCUUGACGAGCGAAUGCCUUUGUGACUUGGUGCCAAAAUGCAACGGUGUAUUUUCCUUUGCCUGGAGAUGAAUUUUAGAUUUCAUUCUGAAGGCUGUUACUGCCAUAUUUUUUGGCCUGCACAUUGUAUGUAUUUACAGAACUGUAUAAAAGGAAAUUUUAUCUCUUUGUACUGCCAUGAAAAGAGAACUUUAUUAAAAAUGAAUUAUAGCA